AGUGUCAGUUUUAGUCAGAGAAAUUUCUUUUCAAAUUCACCACAACAAUCUCCAGAAAUAUCUAAAAUCCAUCCUAUCCAAGUCCAAUUUUCUCAACGUAGUUGAAAGUUUCCAUUUAUGAUUGUUUGAUCCUCCAAAAAUAUUAGGGGAAAAAGGAUAUUUUUCGAAAGAGAGAGAUGUAUGUAAGCGGCGGAAGUCCAAUACGGAAGUCUUUCCGAGACUCGCUCAAACUUCUUGAAGCAGAUAUUCAGCACGCUAAUACUCUUGCAUCUGAUUUUCCAAGGGAGUAUGAUGGGGCGUGUCUACAAAUGAGAAUGUCAUAUAGUCCAGCUGCUCACUUUUUACUCUUUCUAGUUCAAUGGACUGAUUGCCACCUUGCCGGAGCUCUCGGACUGCUGCGGAUCUUAAUUUAUAAGGUGUAUAUUGAUGGCACCACCACAAUGUCCACUCAUGAGAGAAAAGCGAGCAUUCGAGAGUUCUACGCUGUUAUAUAUCCAUCUCUAAUGCAACUUGAGAAAGGUGUUACGGAUUCAGAAGAUAAGAAACAGAAAGCUGUGUGUCUGGAGCGAUACAGAAGGAAGGAUGACGAUGAUCUCAGGCAUUGCUCGGAGCUGGAUGUCGAGAGGGAGGAAGAAUGUGGUAUUUGCAUGGAGACGAAUAGCAAGAUUGUCUUGCCCAACUGUAACCAUGCCAUUUGCCUCAAAUGCUACAGAGAAUGGCAUUCAAGAUCACAAUCGUGCCCUUUCUGUCGUGACAGCUUAAAGAGGGUAAACUCUGGUGAUCUAUGGGUGCUUCUGGAUAACAAGGACGUGGUAGACAUGGCUGCUAUAACAAGGGAGAAUUUGAAGAGGCUGUUUAUGUAUAUAGAUAAGUUGCCAGUGAUUAUCCCUGAUAACCUAUUUGACCCCUAUGAUUCCCAUGUCAGGUAAUGAAUAUUUAAAGUCGUCGUGUCAUCUGUGCUGGAUUAUGCUAUGAGUCUGUUGAAUUAGACUUAGAAAAUCCAUAGGAACAACCCAGCCUUGAUUUAUUGUUGGCGGAGGUUUAAGGUUUAGAAAAGAAGAGAAGGAUGGUACCUAUGUUGUCUGGUAAUUUGUAAAUUCGUGUAUAGUUUGAGGUCUUCUCAGCAAUUUGAGAUUGUGACGGCAUAAAGAAAUUAAUCUACUAUGUCUGUUAUGACUUUAUGAGACUUGUGAAUAUUUAGUUAAUAUGACCUGCUAUGUUUCUGCUGCUCAA